GAGCUCGUGACUCCCGUUACCUAAUAGGCUCUAUUCUAAGUUCUAACCCUGCCGCCUCACCGCCUAAUUAUUAACCAACAUCUCCUUCAAUCCCAGAAGCCCUGCACUAAACCUAGCAUGGGAGACAUGAACGGAGCAUCGGUGGUGGUCGAGUUCGACGACGGCUUUCCUGCCUCCCGACUCUUCGCCAGCAAAUUCUCCUACACCUUCGACGAUCUGAUCUUUCUCCCGCAUUACAUCGAUUUUCCUGCCGACGCUGUCGACCUAUCCACCCGCAUCUCCCGCAAUCUCCCGCUCUCCACCCCUUGCGUCGCCUCCCCCAUGGAUACAGUCUCCGAGGCAUCCAUGGCAGUCGCCAUGGCCUCCCUCGGCGGCGCCGCCAUCGUCCACUGCAACGCCACACCCGAUCAUCAGGCCGCCAUCGUCCGAUCCGCCAAGUCCCGUCGCAUCCCCUUCGCCUCCGACCCGGCCUUCUUCGCCCCAUCUGAUGCAGUGUCUUCCACUGCCGAUUUCGGCUCCGCUUCAUUCGCUAUAGUCACGGAAUCCGGAAGCCGUAAAUCGAAGCCCGUAGGUGUCGUUUCCCGGUCGGACUGGGAGGCGGUGGCCGAUAAGGCUUCUCCCGUGUCAGACUACAUGAGACUUCCGCCGGCUUCAGUCCCUUCAAAUUAUGAUUUGGAACAAGUGGCGGGUUUUCUAGCUGGAGAGGAACUGGAGCUGGUGACGCUGGCCGGAGAGGAAGGGGAGGUUAUUGAUCUCGUCAGCACAGAGGAUGUGGAGCGGAUCCGUGGCUUCCCGAAGCUUGGAGUGCCAUCAUUGGGCCCUGAUGGAAAAUUUCUGGUCGGGGCAGCUAUAGGAACUAGAGAAGAGGAUAAGGAGAGGCUGGCACAUUUGGUGGGAGCAGGUGUGAAUGUUGUUGUGGUGGAUAGUUCACAGGGUAACUCGAAGUAUCAAAUUGAUUUGAUAAAAUAUGCAAAGAAUAAUUAUCCCAGGCUUGAUGUAAUUGGGGGUAAUGUGGUGACGAUGGCCCAGGCGCACAAUUUGAUCAUGGCUGGAGUUGAUGGUUUAAGGGUAGGGAUGGGAUCCGGUUCAAUCUGCACCACACAGGAAGUUUGUGCAGUUGGAAGAGGGCAGGCAAAAGCAGUAUACAAGGUUGCAACAUUGGCCAAGGAUUAUGAUGUACCUGUUAUUGCCGAUGGAGGGAUUUCGUACUCUGGUCAUAUUGUGAAGGCUUUGGUACUCGGUGCUUCUACGGUAAUGAUGGGUAGUUUCCUUGCCGGUAGUUAUGAGGCACCUGGAAUCUAUGAGUAUCAGAAUGGACGCCGAGUCAAGAAAUAUAGAGGCAUGGGGUCUCUUGAAGCUAUGACGAAAGGUAGCGAUGCCCGCUACUUGGGCGAUAAUCUAAAAUUGAAGGUUGCCCAAGGGGUGGUUGGGGCUGUGGCAGACAAAGGCUCUGUUUUGAAGUUCAUUCCUUAUACAAUGCAAGCUGUGAAGCAAGGAUUGCAAGAUCUUGGUGCUACAUCGUUGCCUAUAGCUCAUAAUCUUUUAAGAUCAGAUGUGCUAAGGCUUGAGGUUCGAACAGGUGCAGCACAGGUCGAGGGAGGGAUUCAUGGCCUGGUAUCAUAUGAGAAGAAAGCUUUUUAGCUGAAAUGGUUUUUUUUCAAUGGGUAUUUUCUUAGGCGUAUUCGUCCUCCAUAUUUUGGAGCAGGAAAAUAAGGCAAUUAGAUAGGGUUGAUGUUAUCAUGUUCUAUGGCCUUGCUUGUAUUUCUAUUUCUCUCUAUUCUAUAUUCUCUGCAUUGAGUUCUCUGAACAUUUUUGUUAGCUCAGUUAUUGGAUCAGACUUUAAGCAAUUUUCUUUUGCUCUGUUGAGAGUAUUAUA